UCUCUCCGUCUCUGAAUUGGUCUUCGUUGCUCGAUUUCUGAGUCAGUGAGUGAAGAAUCUUUGUGAGGCGGUGAACGAUGACGGUCGGUUCAGGUGUUUCUAUCAUUAAUGGCAAUUUGAUAGUUCGUGGAACGCGCAUUUUGACGAAUGUGCAUGAGAACGUCACUAUAACUCCGGCAGAAGGCACUUCACUGACCGACGGAGCGUUCAUCGGCGUUCAGUCCGAGCAGAUUGGAAGCCGGCACGUCUUCCCUGUUGGGGUUCUUCAGGAACUGCGUUUCAUGUGUACAUUCCGUUUCAAGCUAUGGUGGAUGACGCAGAGAAUGGGUUCUUAUGGCAAAGACAUUCCCUUUGAGACACAGUUUUUAAUCAUUGAAGGGCCUGAUGGAUCAAAUGGAGGUGGAGAAACAGAGAAUGGAGCAGAGAAAUCCAGAGUCUAUGUGGUUUUCUUGCCAGUUCUCGAAGGAUCCUUCCGUGCCGUCCUGCAGGGGAAUCCAGAUAAUGAACUUGAGAUAUGCUUGGAAAGUGGCGACCCUGCCGUCGACGUUUUUGAAGGGACAAACCUGGUAUUUGUGGCUUCUGGAACAGAUCCUUUUGAGGUCAUCACGAGUGCAGUAAAAUCUGUUGAGAGGCAUUCGCAUACCUUUGCUCAUCGAGAAAGGAAGAAGAUGCCCGACAUGCUAAACUGGUUUGGUUGGUGUACAUGGGAUGCAUUUUAUACUGACGUUACUGCAGAUGGCAUAAGACAAGGAGUAGAAAGUUUUGAGAAAGGUGGGAUACCUCCAAGGUUUCUAAUAAUUGAUGAUGGCUGGCAAUCAGUUGGAAUGGAUGUCGAUGGAGUGGCAUCUGACGGGAAAGAUGCAGCGAACUUUGCAAACAGACUUGUUCAUAUUAAGGAAAAUCAUAAAUUCCAGAAAAACGGAAGGGAGGGCUACAGAGAGCAGGACCCAGCAUUGGGCCUUAGACACAUUGUCAGCGAAAUAAAAGACAAACAUGAAGUGAAAUAUGUCUAUGUUUGGCAUGCAAUAACUGGAUACUGGGGAGGAGUGAGGUCUGGUGUUUCUGAGAUGGAGCGUUAUGGCUCAAAGAUGGCAUACCCUGUUGCAUCCCCAGGUGUUAUGGCCAACGAACCCUGUGAGGCCUUAAACAGCAUUUCAGCCAAUGGCCUUGGCUUGGUUAACCCGGAGAAAGUAUUUGGUUUUUACAAUGAGUUGCACUCAUACCUUGCCUCAGCUGGAAUCGAUGGGGUGAAGGUCGAUGUGCAAAAUAUUCUGGAGACAUUAGGAGCAGGACAUGGUGGACGAGUGAAACUUACUAGGCAAUACCAUCAAGCAUUGGAAGCUUCUAUUGCAAGAAAUUUUCACGAUAAUGGAAUUAUAGCUUGCAUGAGUCACAAUACUGAUGGUUUAUACAGUUCCAAACGUACUGCAGUGAUAAGGGCAUCGGAUGAUUUUUUUCCUCGAGACCCAGUCACGCACACAAUUCACGUUGCAUCUGUUGCCUACAAUACUCUUUUUCUUGGAGAAUUUAUGCAGCCUGAUUGGGACAUGUUCCAUAGCCUUCACCCAAUGGCGGGAUACCACGGAGCUGCUAGAGCUGUUGGAGGAUGUGCCAUAUAUGUCAGUGAUAAACCUGGGAACCAUGACUUUGAUCUGCUAAAGAAGCUUGUUCUUCCUGACGGAUCCAUAUUGAGAGCUAAACUUCCGGGAAGACCCACAAGGGAUUGCUUAUUCUCAGAUCCAGCCAGAGAUGGAAAGAGCCUUCUGAAAAUAUGGAAUUUGAAUGAGCACACAGGCGUUAUAGGUGUGUUCAACUGCCAAGGAGCUGGCUGGUGUAGAGUAGAGAAAAAAAACCAAUUUCAUGAUCAAGAUCCUUGCACGCUUACUGGAAGUAUAUGUGCUGAGGAUGUUGCGCAUUUGUCACACAUUGCAGAGAAAAAUUGGAAUGGUGAUUCUGUCAUAUAUUCCCACAUUGCAGGGGAACUAGUUUACGUUCCGGAAAAUGUUUCUGUCCCAAUCACAUUGAAAUCACGGGAAUAUGAAGUAUUCACAAUCGUUCCUGUCAUGAAAUUGCAUAACAGGACUCGUUUCGCUCCAAUUGGAUUGAUCAAGAUGUUCAAUUCCGGAGGUGCCAUCAUGGAGUUGUUAUACGAGCCUACAAGAAGCUCUAGUGUGAGCAUCAAGGUUCGGGGAUGCGGUCAUUUUUGUGCAUAUUCAUCUGCAAUCCCUAAGAGAAUUACAGUUGAUUCUCAUGAAACAGCAUAUGAAUAUGAUAAAAAUACUGGGAUGAUUAACCUUGUGCUGGGAAUUCCAGAAAAGGAAUUAUAUUUAUGGGACAUGGUAAUUGAUUUCGAGUAAUUUUGGACCUGAUAUUGGAUGGUAACCCUUUUGGGUCUCAAUGUUGGUCCUCUUCCUGUGGGAGAAAGAAAGCAUUAUGUACUUUCUGCUCAGGAGAAGAUGUACUUUCAAUCUCUUCUAUGAAAUAAAUUGAGUAGCUUCACUAGUAGUGUUCGUUGCGGUA